AUGCGUUUUAUCUUUCCGCUCGUCAUCGCUGGCCUUGCCCACGUGGCCCUUGCGGCCCCCGUGCGUUCUUCUGAAAGCGCUCACAGUAUUGUGAGUCGCGGGACUGAAGUUUACGGAGUUUCUACUGGGGAAGUUUUGAGCAAGCGGGCGGCCGUUAUUGCUGCGGGCGCUUAUGGGGACGAUGAUGACAGUGACGACGGUUGGGGGGAAUCAACAGCACAACGGAAUAGACGAAAGCAACAUGAAAAAGAAGCGCGUCUGCUGAAGGCGGAAGAGAAAAAGCGUCUGAAAGAAGAGCAAGCUAAAAAGCGAGCAGCCCAGAAGGCCGAACGGGAGGCCCAACGGGAGGCGAAGGCAGCAAUGAAAAAGCAGGCUGGCGAGGCGGGUCAGAAAUCAGGAUGUUGCGGCCUUUUGCCCGGCGGCAACUGA